CUGCAGUAGAGUAAAACAGCUGACUGGUAUGGUUGUUUUUCUAGUAAUCUAGUUUUCUGACUUUCGCUGCUUAAUAUCACAGACACCUACUCGUUUUUCAGAGUAGGAACGCAAUCAGUUUGUUGUUCAUGUAGUCUGAGCAAGUUGGAUAUUUCCUUGGGUGAUCUGUUUGGAUAGCGAUUUUUGCUGAUGGGAUUGGGAUUCAUGCCAAUGCCAGCGAUAAAGCCCAUCCAUGACUGCGCACAGCCUACGCAAACUGCUCCAUCAGCAUGUGAUGAGCCUGCUGCAUUCGCGCCGCACCGUGCUCGUCAUCCUCUUCACCGCGGCCAUCCUCCUCAUCUCCGUCCUGCAGUUCAGCGACACCGUGUUGGAGUGGAGUAUCGACAAGUACCGCUACAUCGAGCACGUCUCGCGCUAUCGCGACAACAUCGCCGGUCGCACCUUCGAGGGGGAAAUCUGCUACAACCAGCCCAUCGAUGUGGUGUACACCUGGGUCAACGGGUCGGAUCCCUGGCACCAGGAGCAGCUGCAGCAGCUGCGAAUGGCCAUGGCCAGCGGGGAGUCGGCGCGGAGUGAGGGGGAGGGCCGGGAGAAAGGCGGCAGUCCAGCGGGAGGGAGGGGGGAGGCGGGGGGAGGACCGGCGGAUCGGCGGAGUCUGCUCUGCAGUUCCUCCAACUGUGUGCAAGCCAAUGCGGUGCUCGUGUCGCCCGCGAUUUCCGGUGCAGAUCUCAGUGAGGUUCUCGAUGAUGCGCCGGUCGCUUCGCUGAUCAGUUACAACGUGUCGGACAGCACCUUGGCCAUAGUGCCCGAAACGUACGACCUGGAUGAAUUACUAGAAGACCGCAGUCUGGAUGUCAAUGGGAAGCCGUUCAGUUUUGUCUCGGUGCAUCUGGUUAUGCAGGAUGAUGAUCACCCCACGCCGGCUUCCUAUGCAUGUGAACCCCUGGAUUUCAUACUGAUUAUCGCCGGAAUCACCGCCACCGUAACCACGGACGAUAUCCGCAAAGCACUGGUUGUGGCACCGCAUCGGAUUGAUCUCUACCGCAGCCGUAACCUGGCCGUUGUUUAUCUUAAGAAUAGCGUCGGCGUUAACGUGGGUCAGAUUAUGGUCGGAGAUGUGGAAAGUACGGUGGCGCGGGUGUGUAUGCUGCGGGACGUCAAGCCGAGCUCGUCGGAUAAUGAGCUGCGAUUGAGUCGCUUCAAGGAUAAUGAAGAACUGCGCUAUUCCAUUCGGUCCCUAGUGAGACAUGCCGGCUGGGUACGUCGCAUAUUUAUUGUAACGAACGGGCAGAUUCCAUCGUGGCUGGAUUUGGAGAAUCCUCGGGUGAAGAUUAUCACUCACGAGGACAUAUUUCCUAACAAGGCGCAUUUGCCAACCUUCUCCUCCUCGGCAAUCGAAAGCCAUCUGCAUCGCAUUCCGGGAUUGUCCAAGAAGUUUUUGUACUUCAACGACGACGUACUACUUGGCCAAGAUGUUCUUCCGGAAGACUUCUUCUCGCAUUCAGAAGGUUAUAAGGUCUAUUUGAGCUGGCAUGUGCCGGCGUGCGCGGAAGGAUGUCCUGCUGGAUGGAUUAGUGAUGGAUUCUGUGAUGCCGCGUGCAAUAAUGAGUACUGCAAUUUCGACGGUGGGGACUGUGUUAAUAAGACCGCCGGCGUUCCUGCAGAUUUUAACGAUGACUUUGAUAUGGAUGUGCUUCAGUUCACAGGAACUUGCCAUCCUGGUUGUCUGAAUGCCUGGCUGGCUGAUCGCUAUUGCGACACCGUCUGUAAUCAUCCCGAAUGCGCUUUCGAUGCUGGCGAUUGUGGUGUCGAGCGGUUGCUGGCGUAUCCCCACAUCGACCUACUGAAAGAGCAGACCGAAUAUUGGACCACACCUGGUGCUUUCGCUAUCCUCUUUAAUGCAUCUUCUGGAGAGGACCUGUUGGCGAUAACAGAGGGAUCGUACAAACAGGCGAAAGGGGUCCGCGUGAUUUCUCUCCAUCCUAAACAGUCCGCUGUUGUGAUGCUGUUGUACAGUAAUGCUACCGGUUUUGUGGAUUUGACGUUAAUUUAUCGCAACGGAGACAAUUCAAGCGCUGUUGUAUCGCAGUUUGAUUUCCGGGUGCAUUUCGAUUCGUCUCCGCAAACCACUUCUGUGCCGACUGAAGAAAAAUCGGAAGAACACAAGCAGCAAUUAAUUUUCUCCACGGUGUCAGCGGAUCGCAGAGGUCCGAGUCACUACGCUGGAUCGGUAUCCGAACGUAUUUGGGAGGAAUACGCCGAUCUUCAUGCCAAUGCUACCGCCAUUCUAACUCGCUUACACGCUCAAUUAUCCUCUGGGGAGAUAUCGGAGUUUGGCUUUUACUAUCGCAGCUCAGUUUUGUUGGGUGUCACGAUGAGCGGCAGUGUUAAGCGGCCCACCGUUAUUGCUCCAAAGACAGAAUUAAUACGUUUGGUGACAAGCUCUCAGAAAGUGAGUGCUACAUCCGAGCCUUUCUCAUCGACCGGGAUUCCGACGUCGCGCCCAAUGGACCUCCAAGCGAGUUUUAAUCGAGCCAGGAACAAAAUGCGACCAAAGGACGCUUUUGCGGAUUCUUUACGGCACGUCAACCGGUUGUACAACGCGGCAUUUACUACCGAAGCGCGGAAGGUACCGGCGCAUAUUCCGCAUUUCGUCGACAGAGAGGUCAUGACGGAGCUGCAGAAACAGUUUCCCAAAGAGUUCGACCACACGUCGGCCAGCCGGAUCCGUGGAUCUCAGGAUAUGCAAUUUGCAUUUUCCUAUUUCUACUACAUCAUGAGCAGCAAGAAAACGGUUGGAGCCGGAGAUUUCUUCGAUGAAGUAGAUCGAGACCAUUCUGGCAGUUGGGAGCAACGCGAAAUCCAUUUGGCAGCGUUACGUUCACUGCUCGAUGGACCUCUAGUUACGUCGAAAAUCCAUGAUUUUUACCGGAUGGUUGCCAACUGUACACUGGCGUCGGCGCACAACGUUAGCAUAAACGAUUUAGGUGCAGUCAGUAAGCAGCAGCUGCUGGCCUGUCCAGAAGCGGUCCAGCGGUUGCAGGAAGCCGGUGGCAAACGAAAUAAGUUCAAAUUCCGUUUGGGAGAUGCUGAAGGAUUCACAUUUGUUCGUGUUGGGAAUAACGAUAGCUUGGUACGGAAAGAGCUGGAGGGGAUCCUGCGGCGUCCAAAGAAGUUUCUUUGCAUUAAUGAUGAGGUAGAUUACACCCGUGAAGAUGCAGCCGAAAUCCAGGCAGAGAUCGGAGAAUUUUUUCGAACAUUAUUUCCUGUGUCGUCCACAUUUGAGUUGCCCGCUGGAGUGCGGAAUAGAUUUAUGCGCCUCAACGAUUUCCAGAAAUGGAAACGAAAAGCACAGAUACUGCAGAUUGCCGUUGUGAUGAGCGGAAUUGCCGUUUUUGUUGCGGUGCUUUGGUUUUGUUUUCCGAGACUACGAAGGAAGAUUUGCCGUUCUUUCCGCCAAGCCUAUUUUGGACCAAUUCGGCAGGGAAGUCAUUGGCUUCCUGUUCGCACACCGUCACCCGCAUGAAAUGAAGCGGCCAUUGGUGACAAUUUUAUUAUUGCCAAAGAAAUGCGUAUGCCUUUCAGUUCGCACCUGUUUAUUCUGUGAUUUGCUGCUUACGCAUUAAUUCCCCCGGUAAUUUUAUCGUGUGAUCAGUGCACGUUUUGGUUCGCCACUGGCUGAUAAAUGUGGAAGCUCAGCUUAAUUUGUAAUUAAAAAGCAAGAUGAUUA